CACGCGCGCUUGUCUAGUUGUGAAAUCUGUUCGCUUGCGUUUAGUUUCGACCAAAGUUGAAUGCGUUGAAUGCGCUGAGUGCGGGCGGUAGCGGCAACGAGAAAACGAGACAAACAGCGACAACAAAAGGAUAUACCCGAUAUACACCCGGCCAGGAUACAUUAAGCGCGACACGAAAAACGCAUCCAUCGAACAGCUGAGCGCUGAGCGCUGAGCCCAAGAUCCAAGAGCUCACCUGAGCGACGGCUUUACACAAUCCUCAGACCGACACAGACCGACCGACAGACACAUACAGAGACAUACCCAUAGACUGGAACAAGCGGAAGCGGAAGACAGCUUUUUAGAACGGUACGGUACGAAAGAAGAAGCUCCGCUUGGCUCUGGGGCCCAGAGCUUGGCUUGGGCUUACGUACUCUACGAACGCAGAGAAAGGAGGACGACACGCUCCCACAGCUAAACGUGAAGCAACGCAACGCAACGCAACGCAACGCAACGCAACGUAAGGCAACGAAACGCAACGAUAAGCGUCAAACGUGAAACGUCAAACGGCAAACGUCUAACGUGAAACGGUAAACAGUUCCCCACAUGUGUGUGUGACGUCCACUCGUAGACCGUUCAACCGCUUAACCGAUUCGAUUCGAUUCACCCUUGCACCCGCUGGCUGUCCUGGCGGCGGUAAUCCAAUUACAGUUCCGUGAGACCCACCAACAAAUUCCGAACCGAACCGCUAACUGAAUUUACCGUUGCGCGUGUUGUUGGCACCGACGGCACACGUGUGUGUCCUACCCGUGGGUCCUUCAGCGACAACGGAACGACGCAUUGUAUGCACCAUUUUUGUUUUUGUGCUUUUUUCUCAGUUUCAAUCCGCGUCACACGAAAGCAGAGAAACUACCGCCCAAAGAUAAAAGCCAACGAAAGCUAAACGAAAUUCUCGAGUGCAGUGCUGAAUCCAGAAUCCAGAUAAUCGAAAAAGAAUAAGAAUAAGUAUAAGAAAAAUAAUCAAAUUAUAAAUAAAAGCGAGCGCCGAGAGAGGGAGCGCGUAGAGAGAUUAAGUGCAUUUGAAAUAGUUGAUCCUGCAUGCAGGACACGCGUUAAAAUCGUCCAAGUAAGUGCUUCAAGAUUUACUCGCCAACAACAUUCGACGCCUCAAGGGCGUUCAAGCUGGAGGAGGAUUUCGUCGGCGGCUGCAUGACAAUGUCGAUGUACUCGACAACGGAUAAAAUGAAAAUGUCAGCGCCCAGUUGUUUUCCAGGACGCUACAGUCCCUCCUAUCGAAGUUCGGAGCAAAUGCGGCGCUGCAUGCCAAAUCCAUCUAGUCGUUUAUUAGAAGAUGCUUCCCUAUUAUGCAAUUCGUGGUCAGCACGUCAGAACGGUGAUAUCUUCGCGGGCAUCAACGAUGGCAUUCUCAGCAGAGCGGAGGCCCUGGCCGCCGUCGAUAUCCAGAAACACCAAGCCCAGCAUGUACAUAGCCAAAUGCCCUCCCAAAUCAAGCACGAUGUGAUGUACCAUCACCACACAAUGAGUGGGCCCCCGCAACGUCCAUUACAGAAUUCGUUUUGCUCUUUGCAACAGAUGCACCAUUCAAUGGAUCAACUGGAUAUGCUGGAUCCGACGGGACAAAUGACCACGUUAGCGCCCAUAUCGGAGUCACCAUUAACGCCCACACACCAACACCUGCACGGUUCCUAUCACAGUAUGAAUCACAUGAUGAGCCACCACCAUCCGGGCACGUUAAGUGGCCACACGGGGGGACACCAUGGACACUCAGCGGUACAUCAUCCUGUAAUAACGGCGGCGGUGGCUGCCGCUGGCCUGCAUCCCGACACCGACACCGAUCCCCGAGAGCUGGAGGCGUUUGCGGAGCGCUUCAAGCAGCGGCGCAUUAAGCUAGGUGUCACGCAAGCCGAUGUGGGCAAGGCCCUGGCCAAUCUCAAGUUACCUGGCGUCGGUGCGCUGUCGCAAAGCACAAUCUGUCGGUUCGAGAGCCUGACGCUCUCACACAAUAACAUGAUCGCCCUCAAGCCUAUACUGCAGGCGUGGCUGGAGGAGGCCGAGGCGCAGGCGAAAAACAAACGACGCGAUCCGGAUGCGCCCAGUGUGCUGCCGGCGGGCGAAAAGAAAAGGACUUCCAUUGCGGCACCUGAAAAGCGUUCCCUGGAAGCCUACUUUGCCGUCCAGCCGAGGCCAUCCGGUGAGAAAAUCGCGGCCAUCGCAGAAAAGCUGGACUUGAAGAAAAACGUGGUGCGUGUCUGGUUCUGCAAUCAACGCCAAAAACAAAAACGUAUAGUUAGUAGUGUAACACCAUCAAUGACUGGCCACGGUUCGGCGGGAUUCGGAUACUGAUAGUCGUUUAUGACGGCAGCGGCGGCAGUUAACACGGCGGCAGCAGCGGCGGCAGCAGCAGCGGCAGCGGCAUCAGCAGCAGCAGCGGCAACAACAUCAUCAUCAUCAUCAGCAGCAGCAGCAGCAGCGGCAGCAACAGCAACGUCUCUGUCCAUGACGGGCGACUAUUACCUUUAGGGGGGAUUCAUCAGAUAUAUAUUUCGAAACGAUCCGAAGCGAUGUAAUGUGAUGAUGGGUUUGAAGCAGUAACCAUAGUGAUGAUGAUGUUGGUAAUGAUGAUGAUAAUGAGGAUGACGAUGAUGAUGAACGAGAGGGAAUAAUGAUGAUGAUCAGCAGCAAACGAUUCUUUCUCCACUUCUCAUAAAUCAAACCACUACAACAACAACCAAAGCAACAGCAACAACAAAAACUAAUACUUAUAAAUAGCAGCAUACACAACUAUCAACAUUUAUCCAAUCUUUUCCCAAAACAAUCAUACCACAUCCCCAAUCCUUGAGCCCCCACUACCAAUCCCACCCCCACUCCCAAGAAAUUAACAAACAAAUUGCAAAUAUUAAAAAAAAAGAAUGAAAGAAAGAAAAGCAAAAGAAAAACCAAGAAAUACAAGAAUUUUUUUAGGAACGAAUAAUGAAACAAUGGACCAACAUAUCAAAUGCAAUAAUUUAUUAAAAUUGUAUAAGAGUAAAAAGAACAAACACAAAAGUGAAAGACAAAGGAUGACGAAAUUGAAAUGAUAAAUCAAUUGAACCCCUCCUCAACCGGGUGUCUCUGCUACUGCCCAACGACCGACGAUGAGACACACACAGGCACACACACACACACAGACAGACGAAAGACCAAAAAGAAUAAAUGAAGAUAUGCCAAGAAAUUGCUUCAAGUGAUCCGAUAAUAAGAAUCUAAGCUUAUAGAUCUAAGGGAGAGCGCAGAAAGGAAGAUGUGGACGAUCUGGAUGAUCUGGAGACGCGGCAACAGAAACGGAAACAGCAACUGCAACUGCAACAUUAGGAGCACCAACUACAAGAAUACACACAUACACACCCCCAGCCACCCAACCAGAGAGAUAUAUACACAUGUAUGCAUUAGCCACUGUAUAUAUACUACGAAUAUAUACCUAAGUAUAUAGAGAACUUUGAUUCGAUUGUAAAUACCGCAGCAGAAGAAAUAUAACCAACAUCGCAAACAGAUCCAAAAAGCAUGCUAGCUUACAGUAGUAGCCCAUCCCAAUCCAAACCCCAGAUCUUUAUUGCACUGAGAACCCCCCCUCUCCGUAUACAGCAGCCCUUAAGAUGCUUCCUUCAGUGCGUGUUUUGUUUCCUUGUUUCCUCCACACACACACACACACAAACACAGCGCAGGGGUUAGCGAUUAACCCAAGAGACAGGCAAACCAACAGAGAAAAAAAAGAAAACAUAAUUCAAUUUUUUUUUUUAUUUGUCUAAUUAUAAGUAAACUAAUGCCAGGAGAAAAGAAAAGAGCCCUUACCAAAAACAAAAAGAAAAACCAAAAACGAAAUAAAAUGUUAGCAGCAACUGGAGAUAUUGCAACGAAUUUAAAAUGUUGCCAAACUAAACUAAAAAAAAAAAAAA